AUGGAAAAUAUCGUUGAAGCAAAUCGUCUGCCCAAUCAUCUCAAUCAAAUCGCCUCAUCUUCAUCGGGUGAUGAUGAAGAAGACGAAGAACGGAUUUCGAAAGUUCUCGAGAAAAUGACGUGCUUUUCCUUUCAACGUCCACGCAAUAUUAAACAAGGAAAUGAUGAUGAGACGACAAGCGAUGAAUAUGAAGAUGAAGCAGAUUUCGAGGAUAUGACUGGGGAUUUUACGAAGAAGCUAAAUGCUAUUCGAUCAGGGCAACAAGCUGGCCCAAAUAGUCAGCAACGAAUGGAUGCGGUGAGAUCGGCUGAAGCACAGGCGGAGAAAAGAAGAACGGAUCAACAGAAACGAGUGAAGGACAGACAAGAUCGAGCAACCGUUGAACAGGUACUCGAUCCAAGGACACGGCUCGUUCUCUUCGGUCUUUUGCAACGUGGUACACUGUCUACGAUUGACGGAUGCAUUAGCACAGGAAAAGAAGCCAAUGUCUAUCAUGCGAAGAAUGGUGAUCGAUCGCUUGCCGUAAAAAUCUACAAGACGAGCAUUUUGACGUUCAAAGAUCGUGAUCGAUAUGUGCAAGGGGAGUUCAGAUAUCGUCAUGGUUAUUGCAAAAGCAAUCCACGCAAAAUGGUAGCUGUUUGGGCAGAAAAGGAGAUGCGCAAUUUGAAUAGGAUGCACGAAGCUGGUGUACCUGUGCCGCAACCGAUUCUUUUGAAGGGACACGUAUUGGUUAUGGAUUUCGUCGGAAGAGAUGGGUGGCCGGCACCACUUCUGAAAAAUGCCGAUUUCACUGUUGAGGUGGCUGAACGAAUCUAUCAGCAAUUGGUGAGAACGAUGAGGGUGAUCUAUCGUGAGUGCAAGCUUGUUCACGCGGAUCUCUCCGAGUACAAUCUUCUCUUUUUGGAUGACAAGCUGUAUGUGAUUGAUGUCUCUCAAUCCGUUGAGCAUGAUCAUCCAUUGGCACUCAAUUUCUUGAGACAUGAUUGCAACAAUGUGACUAGAUUCUUCCGCGAUCGAGGAGUGCCCGUUUUAUCGUUGAGACGUUUAUUUGAGGUGAUUGCUGAUCCAACUGUGACACAAAAUGAUUUGGAGGCUGCUUUAGAGCAUGAAAGAAGUGCCGAAGGAGCCGACGAAGAUGCUGUUUUCUUGAAUGCCUUCAUUCCACAGAAGCUCGAUCAUGUGGAUAACUUCGAAAGGGAUGCGCUUCUCAUUCAAAAGGGAGUCACGCCAAAUAAUCCAUUUCAACAUAUGGUUUCUAAGGCAACUGUCGUGAAAGAGGCAAAGAACAGUGAUACUUCUGAAGAGGAAGACGAGAGUGAAUCGGACGAGGUCUGGUCUAGGAGUGGUCAUUUGGAUCACUUACCAGUGCAACCCCUUGUCAAGUCCACUUCAACAGACUCUUUAAGCACCCCA